UGUUUCGCUAAGAUGGCGCUACGGCCCGGAUCAGGGGGAGGUGGCAGUUUCAUGUACCCUGUAGGAGGGGGCCUGGGACCUCCACAAGGUAUGAUGCCCAUGCAGCAGCAGCAGCAGCAGCCCCAGCAGCAGCAGGCCUUCCCCAUGGUGCCCGUCAUGCAGCCCAACAUGCAGGGCAUGAUGGGCAUGAACUUCGGAGGCCAGAUGGCACCUGGUGCCAUGGCCAUGCAGGGAGGGAUGCCUAUGGGGAUGCAGGCCCCAGGUAUGCAGUUCAUGGGCCAGCCACAGUAUAUGGGCAUGAGAGCUCCCGGCCCACAGUACCCCGCAGACCUGCAGAAACAGAUGGCCGAGGAGCACCAGAAACGUCUGGAGCAGCAGCAGCGCCUCCUAGAGGAGGAUCGUAAGAGGCGGCAGUUUGAGGAGCAGAAGCAGAAGCUGCGCCUCUUGAGCAGUGUCAAACCCAAGACCGGAGAAAAGAGUCGAGACGACGCACUUGAGGCCAUCAAAGGCAACCUGGACGGCUUCAGCCGUGACGCCAGGAUGCACCCCACCCCAUCCUCUCAGUCCAAGAAACCAGACUCAUCGCCACUCCACUCCUCCUCCUCAUCCACCACUUCCUCCUCCUCUGCCCCCCCUCCCUCCCACCCCCCUGCCUUCCCCGAGGACAAUGACGAGUUUAGUGACUUUAUGCAGGGGCCCGUAGAGGCCUCCUCCUCUUCCUCCACCUCCUCUUCCUCCUCCACUGUGCCCCAGCCCUCGUUCCCCACGGCCCAGCUUCCCCCUCAGGGUUCUGUCCCCGCCCCCAACCCUCUCCUCCAAUCCCAGCCCACCCCCACUGCCGUCCAUCACUCUUCUGUCAUCUCCAGCUCCCAAUCUGCAUUCCAAGGCCCGUCCUUGGAAGAGAAAAUGUUCUCGUCCUGCGACUUAACCGCUCAAGGCAAAGCGCAGGUCCACUUCAAGCAGCGCCAGCCCCUGGCCCACAUGGGCUCCCGGGCGGCCUCUCCGGGCCGCGCCCAGUUCCAGCCCAGCAGCACCAAGGCCCGCAACUGGGCCCAGGCCUCGGAGGACCUGAGCUCAGCAUUCGUCACCACACACCAAACAAGCCCAGAAGCUCCAGCAACAGCAACAGCAUCAGCAUCCGCAUCAGCCACUCCCGCCGAAGACAAACCGGCUCCGGGACAAGACGGCGGUCCAGCCCAGGCUACAGCCACUGGUGCAGGUGGGGGGGUGUACCCACAGCAGGAACAUCUGCAGCCCAUGGUGCCCUCUUGGCUCUAUAACGACAGCCUCAUCCCAGAGAUGUUUAAGAAGGUGCUGGAGUUCACCAUGACGCCGGCGGGCAUCGACACCGCAAAGCUCUACCCCAUCCUGAUGUCGUCGGGGCUGCCCCGUGAGGCCCUGGGGCAGAUCUGGGCCCUGGCCAACCGCACCACGCCGGGCAAACUGACCAAGGAAGAGCUCUACACCGUUCUCGCCCUCAUCGGGGUCGCACAGAGUGGCAUCCCGGUGAUGAGCCCUGACAUCCUGAACCAGUUCCCCUCUCCGCCCGUGCCCAACCUGCCAGGCCUCACCAUGGCCAUGCCCACCGUCAUGUCCCAGCACCAGCCGCCAAUCAUGGCCCAGCCGCCCGUCUCCAUGGCGAUGCAGAACCCCACGCCGGCCGUCUCCAUGGCCAUGCCCGCUGCAGCGCCGGCCAUCUCCAUGGCGAUGCCAACUCCUGUGGCACCUGUCAUUGGCAUGACCCCUAACCCUCCAACAGCACAGCCCACAUCCGGGUUCAUUGCCAGCUUUCCUCCAGUACAGGGGACCAAAGCGGCGGAUGACGAUGACUUCCAGGACUUCCAGGAGGCCCCGAAGGCAGGGGGAGGAGACGACUCCUUCGCCGACUUCCAGAGCGAGUCAGGGAGCUCCUUUCCGGCUGCAGCUGCCCCUCAGAGCAGUGCUCCCGCCAUGCUGACGCCCGUGUCUGGAUCUUCAUCCUCCUCAUCGUCAGACAAGUACGCCGCUUUCAAGCAGAUGUCUGUGGAGCAGCCGCCAGAGCCUGCACCUCCUGCCUCAGAUGGUGGGGAUAAAUACAGCGUGUUCCGAGUGCUGGAGCCCACAGCGGAGAGGAAACCCGUAGGCGAAGGAUUUGCCGACUUUAAGUCCGUCAGUGUUGACGACGGCUUCACCGACUUCAAGACGGCCGACAGCGUCUCUCCACUAGAGGCGCCCGACCCCGCCAAAGUCUUCCAGCCCGCCUUCCCCCCUCCCACCUUCCCCCCUCAGCCUCACUCUCUGUCUCAGCAGGCCUCGGCCCCUCUCUCUCAGCCCCCCCGCAACCCCCUCAACAUGGCCGACCUGGACCUCUUCUCCUCGGCGCCCUCUUCCUCCUCCUCUUCCUCUCUCCCCGCCUCGGCGCGCCCGGCCGAGCCCCAGGCCCCGGCGCCCUCUCUGCUGCUGCCGCCCGCCCAGGGAGGCUCCGCCGCCGUCGCCGCCGCGGGCACCACAGACGACUUUGGCGACUUCGCCCUCUUCGGUUCCUCGUCCUCUGCGGACGCCGUGACGGGUUCCGGCACGACUCCGGCGGUGGCGGCUCAGCAGCAUCAGCAUCAGCAGCAGCAGCAGCAGCAGGACGACUUUGCCGACUUCCUGGCGUUCGGAAGCUCGUCGGAGUCCCACGGAGGCGGCGGCGGCGGGCCCCAGAGGCAGCCCAGCCUGGGCUCCUGCUCCGGCCCCGACCGCUACGACGUCUUCAAGCAGCUGUCCCUGGACGGAGGCCUGGGCUCCGGCUACAACGACAACGACAGCGGCAGCGGCAACGGCAAGGACGGCAUCAUCGGCUGCAGCGGCCUCUCAGGCGGCGGCCUUUCCGGCGGCGGCCUCUCCGGCUCCUUCUCCUCGCCCCGCGGCAGCGACGCGGCGGCCGACGACUUCGCCGACUUCCAGGCGUCGCGCCUGGGCACGGGCAGCACCACGGCGCUGGGCGGCUCGGUGUCGUCGGACCGCUGCAGCCCGGCCGAGCGCGCCUUCCGGCAGGCCAAGGAGGACUCGGCCUCCGUCAAGUCCCUGGACCUGCCGUCGCUGGGCGGCAGCAGCAGCGGCGGCGGCGGCGGCGGGCGCGAGGAGGACGCCCUGUCCCUGCAGCUGGACCUCAAGCUGGUGGAGGCCGGCGGAGACCUGCGCCACGGCGCGUCCGACAGCUCGCUGGACCUGCCCGGCCUCUCCUCCCACCAGCCACACGCCGCAGAUUCCGACGACCUCAAGUUUGACCCGUUCGGCACGGCCAGCAGCAGCAGAGCCAGCUACGACUGGUCCGACCGGGAGGACCUCUCGUCCAGUCAGGACCGGCGGCCCCAGACCACUGCCCAGCGGCAGGAGACCACCUCCUUCGGCAGCUCGGAGAGCGUCACGCAGCCGAACGUCCCCAAGGUGACCACCUUCCCCAGCGAGGACAGCGGCUCGAGCGGAGGGGGCGACCGCUUCGAGGCCUUCGCCCGAUUCGGCACCGGCGACGGCGGAGAGGAGGAGGACGACGACUUCGGCGACUUCGCCAGCACCGUGUCGGAGAAGUCCGACUCCCCUCCGGUCGCCGGCGAGACGGGGUCGGAGGUCACGGCCGGCACGGAGGGCUGGGACGAGUUUGGGGCCUUCCAGGGUGACAAGCCCAAGUUUGGCAAGCUGGACUUCCUGAAGGCCAGCUCCCAGGCCAAGGUCAAGUCCAGCGAGGAGAUGAUCAAGAACGAGCUGGCGACCUUUGACCUCUCUGUACAAGGUUCCCACAAGCGCAGCCACAGUCUGGGUGAGAAGGAGCUGGGUCCGUGCAGCGCCCCGUGUCCGGCGCCCGAGGCCCCGUUCAGAGACCGCUCCAGCACCCUCAGCGACAAGCCCACGCUGCCCGUCAUCAGGGACAAGUACAAGGACCUCACCGGAGAAGUGGAGGAGAGCGAGCGCUACGCCUACGAGUGGCAGAGGUGCCUGGAGAGCGCCCUGCAGGUGAUCACUACGGCCAACAACACCCUGAAUGGCAUCAGCAGCUCCACUGUGUGCACCGAGGUGAUCCAGUCAGCACAAGGCAUGGAGUACCUGCUGGGGGUGGUGGAGGUGUAUCGUGUGACCAAACGGGUGGAGCUGGGCAUCAAGGCUACUGCCGUGUGCUCGGAGAAACUUCAGGAGCUGCUGAAGGACAUCAACCGUGUGUGGAAUAACCUCAUGGGCUUCAUGUCGCUCGCCAACCUCACGCCUGACGAGAGCUCCCUGGACUUCUCCUCCUGUAUUCUGCGCCCCGGCAUCAAGAAUGCCAAGGAGCUGGCCUGUGGAGUUUGCCUGCUCAAUGUGGACUCCCGCAGCAAGAAGAAAGAAGAACGUGGCCCCUUGGGACGCCUGUUUAAGAGAGCAUUCAACUCGGAGACGGACAACUUCAAGCUGACGUACGGCGGGCACCAGUACCACGCCAGCUGUGCCAACUUCUGGAUCAACUGUGUGGAGCCCAAACCGCCCGGGCUCAUCUUGCCCGACCUGCUCUGAGGAGAGAGGGGCAUCGCCGCGGCGACGACCUCUGCUGCUACCACGGAAACGCACAAGGGUAGCCGACACUGGAUAAUUGCGGACGGCGGGCGGAAAACAACCCCCCCCCCCCUUUCCACCCUCUCCAUCUUUCCCCCCUCUUUUGCAUCUUGUUCCGUGUGCUGGAACAAGGACUCGCCGAGUGAGUUAGAACGGAUGAGAACUGUUCCCCAGCAUCCUCCUGUAUUUAUUUAUUUAUUCGUUUGUGUGUCUGUUCUGUCGGCGAGACCUCCUCACACCUGAUUGUUUUUGGGGGGGGCGCCUCUUUAUCUUUUUGAGAACUUGGCUGAAAUUUCCCCUAUGCUUAUCAACUAUUCCUAUACAUGCACUAUGUUCCCCUCUUUCCCGUGUACUUUCUCAUGAGUUUCUCAUGUUUCUCAUGUGUUUCUCAUGAGUUUCUCAGACUUAGAGAACGUGAGGGUAGGAGGCAGUCAGGAUUCUUCAUCAAUGCCUCAGUCUGUCUCCUCCUCCUCCUCCUCCUCCUCCUUCUCCUCUCAGCUCACUACACUGUUUGCCACUAUAUCGCGGUGUUUCCCGGCACUAGCUCUUGUCAAAGCUGUGUCUUAUUGUGUUGUAGUCUUCUGCAAGGCUUUCCCCCCCCAAACACAGCGUCGCGACACACACAUCAGUAUCAGCACGCGCUCGCUACUCUGAGCCGAAGAGAAGCAGGACUGCCUAGAAGUUACACCCCCCUGUCAAAGUCAGUCGCCUGAGACAGACUUACAAGAUUGAGUGCAACUUUACAAAUACGAUUGAAUGAAUGAAUGUGAAGUGAAAUUGAAGAAAUAGAUACUGUAGAGCACUAUCUCUUUUUAAAAACACUGCUUUUAGCAUUCCAGACGUACAUAGUCUCGGUUUGAGGAACUUGCUCGGAUAAUUCUUGAUGACAUUAUUCAUUCUAUGAACUGUUGGUUCCUCUUGUUUUUCUUGAGGGAGGGAGGGGGGGGGGGUCUUUUUCUACUCUUGUGACCACAUAUCAGUGGACAUUCUGACUAAUCGAUUCAGACAGGGUUAAAACGUGUUGGCUGUGUGAACUUUAAUUCCGGGGGGGUUCUGAGUGGUUAUUCUGAAAGACUGAGGCUGAUGUCCGAGUUUUUAAGUGUUUUGGCUUUUUUUUUGUAGCACAUCUGAAUGUCUUACUCUUUGCCGUGUGAUCUAUUUUUGUUUCUCUGUUUAGUUUCUGUCUGUAUCAUGUUGAAAAAUUGUAUCUUUGCUACUUGAAAAGAAGGUGAUGCUAAUCGGUCGAGUCGUAUUAAUUUAAAAGGGAAGGUGCAUAUCAGUGGUCUCUGAGGUCACAGCGUGAAGACACUAUGGCCGACUGUAAAGACUGGAUUUGGAGCGAGCCCGCUGUCGCAUGGAAGGAACAGGAAGUUGUCAUGCAACACUUUGGGUGUUGAGUGAUGUUCAUAGUAUUGCAUUGACCAAUGUAACCAAUCUCAUGAUGUGGUGGUUUAUCAUGCCGAUUAAAAAUAUCUAUAUGAAA